ACAUUUCUUAUCCCCCUCUUUUCUUUCCAUUAUCCAUUUAAUGAUGACUAUAGUCUUUGUAUUGCUAUCUAUAGUCCUGUCUGUUGUUCAUGCUCGAUGGGUGACAUAUAGCGUGAUUGUCUCUGUUUCUGCUGGACAUUCUGUAGGCGUCUUAGUCGAUGGUAGUCUCACCCUUUUAAGCCCUUCAAGCUAUGAACCACUUCUUUACAGAGGCCGAGCUCUGGACCCAGCCAUGUACUACAGAUAUGUGAUUGUAGAUGCACAACAUCAAAUCGUCGAAUCUGAAACCUUUAACCGUCGAAUUGAUUUCGAUGUCGAUGUAACCGGUCAUGAAUUCUUCAACAGGCCCGUCAAUGUACACGACAUUUUCACUUUACCUAAAGUCAUGCCCGAUUUGGCACCUAUCCGCAGAAUAAGGUCCGAUUUACAUAUUCCAAACCAGAUACCCACUAUUCAUCUCCGUGGUAAUCAGACGGCUGUUGAUUACUUGCACGGAAAUCAACUCCAAGACAUCACGUUGGAUGUUGGUAUGACUUAUAUUGGACUGAAUGAUGUUUACACUUACAAGACCGUCAAACUCUCUUUGGCUGGUCGUGGUUCUCGUUGGGUCCCUAAGGUGUCUUAUACCGUAAAGAUAAAGGAUGGCACAUCCUUAUUUGGCUAUACAAACAUCAGGUUGCGUGCCCUUGCCAAGGACCCUUCAUAUGUGCGUGAGACUAUAUGUCACUCUGUUCUACAGUCUGUUGGUUUACCCGUCAGUGGGUUUUCUUAUGUUCGCUUAUUUAUAAACAAUCAACCUAUUGGGUUAUUUGGAAUCAUCGAAGACUUCAACACACAAUGGCUUCAGAAUGAGUUUGCAGGCAACAUUAAAAAUUACCGAGUGGGGCGUUUGUAUCAAGGUCAAGGGUUCUUUAAACAAGGUCUUUCAUUUGCUGUGUCAGAUUUGGCUUAUGAAGAAGAUGUUGCCAAGUACGCUGUAGGACAAUAUGAUGUCGAGGAGCCCUCGGAAGGUGUCACUCUGAAAGAUUUAGUCCCUCUUCAAGAUUUUACUAGAUUCAUACGUGACUCUUCAUUGGAGACGACGCCUAUUGAAGCUUGGGAACAAAAGAUGAAUAUGGAAUCAUUUAUUCGAGCAAUGGUCAUAGAGAACUUGUUAGGAUUGAGUGACGGUUAUAUGGCGACUGCCAAUAACUAUUAUCUCUAUAUGGAUCCUUUGAAUGGUGGUCAAAUUAUUUAUAUACCUCACGAUAUGGAUGCAACCGUAGGAAGAUAUUCAUUUAAAGAAGAAUUGAUGACGAGUGGUGACUUUAAAGAGCAUCCAGGUUUCCUUUUGCGUCCAUUAACGACCAAGGUGUUUGUUUAUGAACCAUUCUUGAAAUACUACCAGGAGUUGUUGGUAUAUAUAACCAAGACUUUGGUGAACGCAGAGAUAAUGGAUGUUUACGUCAACAGUAUAGUCCGGAUGAUUAAAGCUGACGUAGAAUGGGAUCAGCAAUUACCCAAAGUUGGCAUAUUUAGCAGACCUCCUUCUGAUCUUACCCAGAUUAACCUUGAUAUCAUUGUUCAAGCAUUCAAGAAGCUUCCAAGUGGGUUCUUGAUCGCUAAUCCAACGGAUCCUCCUGCUACCGCACCAUUCACUGUUGCUGUUUAUAGCCCAGAGAUUAUAGACAAAAGAUUGGAUGGUGUUCUGAGGUUUAUUCAUAAAAAGGCAAGCAACAUCUUGGCAUUUUAUCGUAAAUAAAGACAAGUGGUAUUUAUAUAUUCUUCGCUAUUAUUGUGUUACAAA